AUGCAAUUCGGUCGCAAAUUCGAGUCGAUCAUCAACGACGAUCCUGCACAUACGCCUGUGACAUUACGUGCUGUGAUACCGCCUGAUAAACCUGGUGCUUUAAUUGGCGUCAAGGGUCAAGUGCAUCGGCAGAUUGAAGACAUGUUCAACGUGAGACUUGUGCUGCACAUGGUGCGAGAUCAGUAUGGUCGUCUAUUGCAGAUAUUCGGUCACCCCAAACGCAUCGCCCCGGCACUUCGUGAUGCGCUGAUUCGUAUGUAUGGACAACGGCAGUUUGAGCUGAACUAUGGGCAGGAAAUAGGUGUGGAUUUCUUGAUACCAAAGUUGUUUGCAGAUUGGCUUGUGGAGAAUGAUCAAUUGGCAAGGAUUCAUCGUGUGAGCAAGGCGUCAUUACGUUUAUAUCGUCGAUGUCUUCCACAUACGACAGAGCAGAUCUUGAAGAUUUCCGUAUCAAGUCGCCGGAUCCAAUGCAUGGAUGAAUUCGAAACGGCUGUCAGAAUGCUUGCGUAUCUCACUCAAAAGAAUAUCGACAAGGCCAUGUCUCCUUACAACGUGUACCAUGUUCCUGGAUCAACACCCAAUGAUACCAAUAAUCAAGUCGCAGUGAUUCUUCAACAACAACCAGACAUCGCCAAACCACUUCCUGAUGUCAUCUUUACACAACACAACCCAUAA